AUGCAGGACUCACAAGGUGGUCCAUUGCUGGACAUCACUAUGGAGUUAGGUGAACUGGAGGAAGUUCAUCUGCCACACUGUGUCUGUUUAGGUAAAAUAAUAUAAAAAUAGUAUUCAGAAAGACAUUUCCAUAUAACUGAGUUUCUGUUUCUGAAUAAAUUAAUGAACUAUUCUUGGAGUUUGAGUUUACUGUGAUCUUGCACUGCAUAUUCUUAAUGUUUUAGUUUGGUGAAUAAUACAACAUUUGUCUUUCUAUCUCCUUUUUAUUGUGUUGUGCAGGGACCAAAACUUACAUGAGGAAUGAGAUGAAGAUUCUUCAUGUAGAGGAACAUGGAGUGUAUUUUGAGGAAGUGCAUGAGGUCACCCGAUUCCAUGCUAAGAUUCUCCAUCCCAAGUUCUCACCUAUCUCUAUUAUAUUGAGAUUACUGUCUUGGAACGUAGAUGUACACUGUGAGCUGAUGCUCUAUCUGACAGUGAAAAGGGAAACACUAAUUCCACGGCUAUAA